GUGACCUAGCUGCGUCACUUCCGCUUAAGAUCGGCGUCUGGGCAGUGGGACCUCACGCGGUUUCAAUAUGCGGAUUGAGAAGUGUUAUUUCUGUUCGGGCCCUAUUUACCCCGGCCACGGCAUGAUGUUUGUCCGCAACGAUUGCAAGGUGUUCAGAUUCUGUAAAUCCAAGUGUCAUAAAAACUUUAAAAAGAAGCGGAAUCCUCGCAAGGUCAGGUGGACUAAAGCAUUCCGUAAAGCAGCUGGUAAAGAGCUUACAGUGGAUAAUUCAUUUGAAUUUGAAAAACGUAGAAAUGAACCUGUCAAAUACCAGCGAGAGUUAUGGAAUAAAACUAUUGAUGCAAUGAAGAGAGUUGAAGAGAUCAAACAGAAGCGCCAAGCUAAAUUUAUAAUGAACAGAUUAAAGAAAAAUAAAGAAUUACAGAAAGUUCAGGACAUCAAAGAAGUCAAGCAAAACAUUCAUCUUAUCCGGGCCCCUCUUGCAGGCAAAGGAAAGCAGCUGGAAGAAAAAAUGGUGCAGAAAUUACAACAGGAUGUGGACAUGGAGGAUGUUUCUUAAAAAUCUCACUGUUUCUUUAAGUGUUUUUGAAAAUCUCCUUAGGAGACCAGGAACUUCUAAGUUAUCAAUUUAUAUUUUAAAUAAGGUCACUCAAAUGAAAGGUAAUUAAAAAUACAUCUCUCCUACAUUGCUAUCGUUAUGGCUGUAGGAUUGCAUCUCCAUGUUAAACCUACUGAGAGUUAUAUUUAUGUAAGUCAUGCAAAUUCUCCUUGUAAAUACAAAUGUGGACAUAAAAUGGUCCUGCUGUUUGGAUAGUGGUACUAGGCAGAUUUAUGUGAACUAACAACAAAAUUCAUGGUUAGCAAUAUGUAAAAUAAAUUUUCUUUGCAGUAAA